AUGAACACGAGUGGGCUGCACGGGAGUGAGAACUGCUCCCUCGGCGACGUGGACGAGCUGGUGAGGACGGUGCAGCUGGCGGUGUACGUCCCCACCUUCCUCCUGGGCCUGCUCCUCAACGCGCUGGCCAUCCGACGCUUCUGCACCUUCCUGACCAGGAGGUGGCCGGCCUACGCCGCCACCUCCAUCUACAUGAUCAACCUGGCGGUCUUCGACCUGCUGCUGGUGCUCUCGCUGCCGUUCAAGGUGGCCCUGGACCGCCCGGGCUCGGCCGCGCCCGUCACGCCGCUCUGCACCUUCGUGGAGUGCCUCUACUUCGUCAGCAUGUACGGCGGCAUCUUCACCAUCUGCUUCAUCAGCCUCGACCGGUUCUUGGCCAUCCGGUACCCGAUCCUGGUCAGCCACCUCCGGUCCCCCAGGAAGAUUCUGGGGAUCUGCUUCGCCAUCUGGGUGCUAGUGUGGGCCGGGAGUUCCCCCAUCUACAACUUCCACGGGAAAGCCACAGACUACAGGUGCUUCCACAAUAUGUCCAACGACACCUGGAGCGCCAAGGUCCUCUUUCCCCUCGAGGUGUUCGGCUUCCUUUUCCCCAUGGGCAUCAUGGGCUUCUGCUCCUCCAGGAGCAUUCACAUUCUGCUCAGCAGUCGGGACCGCAGCCAGGACUGGGGCCACCGGAGGGCCUGCAUCUGGACGAUCGCGUCCAACCUGGCCGUCUUCGUGGUCUCCUUUCUUCCCGUCCACCUGUCCUUCUUCUUGCAGUUCCUGGUGAGGAAUGACUUUAUUGUGGAGUGCACAGCUAAGCAGAACAUCAGCUUGUUCUUGCAGCUGUCCCUGUGUUUCUCCAACAUCAACUGCUGCCUGGACGUUUUCUGCUACUACUUUGUCAUCAGAGAAUUCCGCACAGGCAUCAUGGCCCUGCAGCGUCCCAGGGGCAAGCCGGCCCGCUCGGAAACCGCGACCACCAGGGGCUAA